GCCUGCAGAACCACCGGAACAGGGACAACUCCGCCAUAAUACGUCCAGACUGUUUACAUAGAGCGCCAGGGAUCUUGUAGAUAUAUACUCCCCCUAGACUUGUUGCGCGCAUCGAGACACCGCUUUACACCACAGCAUUACAAAGUAGUAGCCUGCGCAACCGGACAACAACGGACAACACAGCCUACAAGAUGGAUGUGCAGCUGUACGUGUACGACCUUUCUCAGGGCCUUGCACGUAGCAUGUCACAACAGUUCCUCGGAACACAGAUAGACGCCGUAUACCAUACAUCCGUCGUACUCGAAGGCAUAGAAUACUUCUUCGGACAGGGUGUGCAGACAUGUCAGGCAGGAGCUACGCAUCACGGGCGACCGAUGGAGGUUAUCAAGCUUGGUUCGACCCAGCUGCCUAUCGAGAUUAUACUUGAAUACCUGGAGUCGUUGAAGGAAAUUUACACCGCUGAGUCGUACGAUCUGUUUCUACACAACUGUAACAACUUCUCCAACGACUUCGCUAUGUUCUUGGUCGGCAAAGGAAUUCCGGACCAUAUCACGUCCCUCCCUCAUACAGUGUUGAAUACGCCGUUUGGACAGAUGCUUCGCCCUCAGAUUGACGCGGCCAUGCGACCGAUAACGCAAGCACCCACACCUCAACCCGCGACACCAGUCCGACCUCAAGCUUCGAGCGUGAACACACACAAUGGGACAGCACCUGCAGCUCUCUCACCGGGCUCCGAUAGUGCAUUGGAGGCAAAUACGGGCAGAGUCAAUAACGUGACAGCGAUAAGGGAUGUUGAUCGCCUCCUCAACCUAGGGAAAGACCGCUGCGCCAUCAUCUUCUUUACAAGCUCGACCUGCGCCCCUUGCAAGCUCGUGUAUCAGCCGUACGACGACCUUGCAGCCGAAGCAGGCUCCAAGUGUAUCUUCAUGAAGAUCGACUUCAGCUAUGCCGAUCGCUCCAUCAAUGCGCGCUUCCCACAUGUGCGGGCCACCCCCACCUUCAUAACGUUUGUGCGGGGCGAGAAGCGGGAUGAGUGGAGUGGAGCGGAUCCAAGGCAGUUGCGGAGCAAUGUUGAAAUGUUGCUAAAUGCUGCAUUUCCGCCCCAUCCACAUCUUGAAAGGAGUACGCCGUAUUUGCUAAGACAGAGUCAACGACCCAUUACCUACCCAAAAGUUCCACCGUUGGACAAAUUGGUCGCGAAGAUGGGAGACUUGGGCAACGACCCUGCGGUUUCAUCGAUCGUGUCUUUCAUCAGCGCGCGUGACAAAUCUGGAGCCAUGGAAGCGCCUUUACCCAGGAUGCCACAAUUCGCAGAGUUCUUGAGAAAGAGUACCUCCGUGCUUCCGCCAGAACUCCUCUUCACAGCCUUGGAUCUGCUGAGAAUCACGCUCACCGAUAUCCGUGUAGCUGGCUUCUUCGCUGAAGAGCACAAAGGCGCAACGGGCACGCCUGCAACUGUGCACCAUCUGCUGAGCCACGUUGACAAACUGGGAAAUUCUGCACCGUAUCCGCUUCGACUUACAACGUUGCACUUAGCAUGCAACCUCUUCACCUCUCCGCUCUUCAUACCGCAUCUGCUCGCCCAUCCACUAUCAUCAACUCUGAUCUCAAUCCUCACAACUGCCCUCCUCGACGAGAAGUACCCCGCACUCAAAGCCUCAGCACUCAGCCUAGCUAUGAACAUCGCGUCCUCAAACCACCAGAUUCGGAUGAAAAAGCACAGCGUCAACGUCUCCCAUUCUCUUCCCGGUGAAUGUGAACUUGUCGAGUCUGAACAGGUCGAAGUCGUUGCUUCGCUUCUAGAGACUCUGAGCACGGAGGAGCAAUGGAGCGACAACAAGAAGAUGGGGCUAAUCUGUGUGGGGUGGUUGGUGUACGCUGCGGAUAUGGGGGGCGAGCUAAAGGAUUUGUGGAAGGUUAUGGAUGCUGCGGGUACGGUUGGGAAGAUACAAGCAAAAGCUGCCGAGGAUCGCUUGUUGGUUAAAGAGGUAAAGAGUUUAUUGGAGGCUUAGGUCGUGUGUAGAGCCAUGAUUUCUUUUCUGGAUAGUGGUUCAGAAUGCUAUCCCUCCACCCUCCACUUCCAUGCGAUCUUGCGCCAUGCUUAUUUCUGAAAGAUGACGCGGCCCAACAACCGAAGUACUAUGAAGGUACAGAAGCAGAAUGUAUGUGGGCGAUGAUUCGAAGUGCCUACUGCCACUUUCAAACACUUUAAACUAAAUAGGUAAUAUCAAUAUAAUUGUAGAUCGGCAAGCAUUGUUUCUCUCGGGGCCGGCUACGGGGCUGUCUUCUGUACCGUUGGUUUCCCACCUUUACGUCGCAUUGCAUUCAGCUCUUUUCGCCGGUCGAAGAACGCACGCCUAUAUCAUGUUAGCUAAUCUCGAAGAUGCUAGUGAGACCUGUGUCCAUCGAUCUAACAUCCCAUGGUCUUCACCUCUUCACUCCUGAAACUCACCUUGAUCCCUUUGAAGCCAGCCUAUCAGCUGCCUCAUUC